UGUUAACCCACUAUGGGAGGCCAGGGAUCCAACCAGCAUCCCCAUGGAUACUAGCCCUGUUGGUAACCUGCUGAGCCACACCUGGGAAUUCCCAAGACUGCACUAAAUUUAAGACGAUUUAAGGAGCAACAUGACGUGAGUUUUGACGUUACAGGGGUCGACUGUAUCCCUGGACUCCUACAACAAUAUUGGUCUACAGUUGAUCAAUAUUCAGAAGAGAUACGGAAAGAAAAGGGCUGAAGAGACUGAAAACAACACCAGGCGGACCCAGUGAACCAUAGUGCCCUCUAGCUUCCCAGAUGGGGGCGGACCACGACCAAUUAAACGCGUCAGCCCCGCCCCUCCAGCUCCGCCCCGUUGCUAUUAGCCCCGCCCCUCGCCCGGCCACGCCCCUCUCCCGGCCCCGCCCAGACGCCGGCGUCCGAGCUGCCCACCGCGCGCUCCGAGGUCCGGCGGCGUUUGCUCCAGAGCUGCUCGAGAUUUUCGCGGCGGUUGCUGGGCGUAAGGGCCGCGCCCGGGGUCGUGGAGGAUGCCGAAGGAGUGCCAGUGAACUGAAGUAAGGAUUGAGGGACAGAACCUUCAGGAUACCCAACUUUUAGCAGUUGAUUAGAAGGUGGAUUUAUAGUCCUUUUCUUCCUUCAAAUUACUUUUAAUAAUUAACAUGUACACCACAGAACCAGAAAAUGAACAUCUAGAGGAUGAAAAUGUCCAGUCAUCUACAGCUCCUCAGAUCCUCAAAGCUGGAGAUGCUGAUGAACAUGAAGAAAAUAAGGAACCUAUCUUGUCAGAAACAGAGGAAACAAAACCAGAGAUGGAAAAGGAGGGUUCUUGUCCUCCACAAGGAACACUGAAUAAAGCAAUUACAAAUGGAGUUAUGCUUUUUAUGAUAUGGUGUGUAACCUGGUCAUUCUCAGGCUCUUCAGUUUUUCCUGGUGGAAGUUUAUUUGGAGUGUUAACUAUCUUUUAUAGUUCCAUUAUUGGGGGGAAGCUUGUGGAAAUCAUUAGAAUACCUUCAGUACCUCAACUUCCUCCUCUUCUUGGUAUGUUACUGGCUGGUUUUACCAUUAGGAAUGUUCCAUACCUCAGUGAUCGUGUCUGGAUUAGUAACACUGUGUCUUCAACUUUAAGAAGUACUGCCCUUACCAUUGUUCUAGUGCGAGCUGGGCUUGGACUUGAUCCACAGGCUUUGAAGCGUUUGAAAAGAGUUUGUUUAAGAUUGUCUAUGGGUCCAUGCCUCAUGGAGGCAUGUUCAGCUGCUGUUAUUUCCCACUACCUUAUGAAAUUUCCCUGGCAAUGGGCAUUUCUAUUAGGUUUCGUAGUAGGUGCAGUCUCUCCUGCUGUUAUUGUCCCUUCCAUGUUACGUUUGCAAGAAAAGGGAUAUGGUGUUGAGAAAGGCAUUCCAACCUUAUUAAUAGCUGCCAGCAGUUUGGAUGACAUUGUAGCUAUCACUGGAUACAACACAUGCUAUAGCAUAGUCUUCUCCUCAGGUAGUGAACUUAGUAACAUCCUGACCUCGUUUCGGGAUGUCGUUAUUGGUGUGGUGUCAGGAGUUGUUUUGGGAAUAUUUGCUCGGUAUUUUCCAAGUAGAGAUCAGGGAAAACUUCCACUGAAGAGAGCAUUUCUUAUUUUGAGUAUGUGUAUAACUGCUGUUUUAGGCGGCCAUCACAUUGGUUCACAUGCAGCUGGAGGAUUAUGCACGCUAGCAUUAAGUUUUGUUGCAGGGACAGGUUGGGCCAAAGAAAAGAUUAAAGUUCAAAAAAUUAUUGCAGCUACAUGGAAUAUUUUUCAACCUCUUCUUUUUGGUUUGGUUGGAGCAGAAGUAUCUGUUGCAUCUCUUAAAUCAAAUGCUAUUGGCAUUUGUGUUACUAACAUGAGUUUGGCAUUAUUAAUUCGAAUUUCUUCUACAUUUGUGUUGAUGUCUUUCGCUGGUUUUAAUUUUAAGGAAAAAAUAUUUAUUGCUUUUUCAUGGAUGCCCAAAGCUACAGUCCAGGCUGUAUUAGGUCCUCUGGCUCUAGAAAAAGCAAGAAUCAGCGCACCCCAUUUGGAACCAUAUUCGAGGGAUGUGAUGACAGUAGCUUUUCUAUCCAUCUUGAUCACAGCUCCAAAUGGUGCUCUAAUUAUUGGCAUUCUGGGACCUAAAAUGCUCACUCGCCAUGUUUCAAGCAGAACAGUGGAAUUGGCAGGAUUAGAAUUACAUUAAAAUGUUGACUUGCCAUCACCUUGCCUGCUUCUAAUGAAUUAUCUUACAUGAGAGAAAAAUUAAAAGGUACAAAUAUAUGGAGCCUGUACCUAGAACCAAGGAUUUAAUAAAUAUAUGAUUUCACCACAGAGCUUUCUUAUGGCUUUUUAAUCCCAAAGUUAAUUUAAUAAAAAUAAUAUAAAAAUAAUGCCUUCUUAGUAUUUGUGUAUUCAAGAACAAAGUAAAUUUAUAAGUACCCUAGGAAAGUUUAAAGAAAUCCAUCAAGUUGGAUUUAUUGUCAUAAUUCAAACUAAGUAUAAUAAAAAAUUAAAUGAACCUAAUGACAGAGAGAUAAGAUAGAAUAAGUCUCUAAAUAGGUUAGUAAUUCAGUUAAAAAGAUUACCAGAAAGAGUUCCCUUGUGGGGCAUCAGUUUAAGGAUCCAUUGUUGUCACUACAGCAGCUUGGUUUGUUGCCGUGGUGCUGGUUCAAUCCCUGACCUGGGAACUUCCGCAUUCCAUGGGGUAUGGCAAAAAAAAAAAAAAAAAAAAUCACCAGAAAAAAUUUAAAAAUAAUAACGAGAAUAAAACAUACCAACUUUAAAUGGGUCAAGUAAAUGCGUUUUAAAUUCUGGGUUUAGUGGCUAUCUGAAUUAAUAAUAUGUUAAAUAAAAGAACGACAGUUAAGACAUACAUCUUCUGCAGUACCCUUAAAAUGACAGUCUGGUUUAAUAGUUUUUAAAUGAAACAUUACCUGUAAUUUUUAUUUACAGAUAUAAAAUUAAAUCACAAAUGGAGAUAAACUGUGAUUUUUCUUUUUUUAUAAAGAUUUUUAUUUUUUCCAUUAUAGC